CAAGGAUGAGACUUACUUCCUGUUUUUAGCCUAGCCCUUGAUAGACUCGUGGAUUGCAUUCAGACUGUGAAACUGUGAUGAUAUACGAGUUAAAAUCAUGAGCGUCUUCAAUCACUGUAGGAAACUGGCUUCACCGGUGUUUAAAAGCAGCGUUUUACUGGAACAAACUGGGGUUUUCAGAAGCGUCUGUUGGAGCCCCAAAGCUCGGUGUCACAGCCUGUGUUUGCCUCGACCUUUUACACCAAAGUCAGCCUCAUGUCAGCAACGGCACAGUGUUUUCACCCCUCAUCUAGAAACAAAGAGAUGUUAUUCAGAGGUACACAGUGAAAGCAGUAACUCAGAGAAGGACACUGACCUGUCUCAAGAGGAAUCGCAUAAGAUGGACAGUGUCAGCACAGCCCCGAGUCAAAGACCCUCAGAGACUUUCACUCUUGAUGUGCUGGUGUCUCUACUGCGUCAGGAGAAUGCCGUGGACAUCUGUGUGAUUAAAGUCCCAGACCAGAUCAAAUACACGGAGUACUUCAUUGUCGUCAGUGGUAUAUCACCGAGACACCUCCGCGCUAUGGCACUCUACGCUAUCAAAGUGUACAAGUUUCUGAAGAGAGAUGGAGAUCCAAAUGUGAAGAUAGAAGGGAAGGAUGCAGAAGACUGGAUGUGUAUUGACUUUGGUAAUAUGGUUGUUCACUUCAUGAUGCCGGAGACCAGAGAAGUGUAUGAACUGGAGAAACUCUGGACUCUCCGCAAAUAUGAUGAGCAGCUGAGGAGCAUCCCUGCUGAGAUGUUACCAGAAGACUUCAUAUAUGAUGCUGAUGCCACAAAGUGACGAAACAAGACCAGUCAUCUAACUUGUCCGCAGACUUAACUACUUCUUUGUAAUGUUGGAUGCAUCCUUUCCUAUCUCUGUGAGUAGAAAAAAAGAUAUUUUUUUUUACACUUUAAUUAUCUUUGGACAAUAGAACAACAUAUUUUGCGCUGAGAACUGACUGAUUGGCAUGGAUUAAUCUCUUAUGCAACAGCCAUACUGUAUGAAUUAGUAUACAUUGCAUCAUAUGGUAUUUGUAAAUUAUGUUUGAUGUUUUUUGAGAUGUUGAUAUUUUGAUGGUUAUAAAUAAAUAAUUUAAAAAACUA